AUGUCGGUGUCUUUUCAACAUCCUUUCCAAGAGAUCCAAUUCGACCUCUUCGAGUGGUAUCCAAAAUUCCAAUCUUGCCUCGCUUACUUUAUCGACCAUGCCCAGCACACCGGCCCCGUGCAGACGGUAGCUGCAUACGUCAAUAUCAAGCUCCCCUACCAGAAAGCACAACAGGCGCCAGCACCAGGCCAAACCCCCCAACCCACCUGGAACAGAAACCCGUCCGUGGAGCAGUCGUCUUCACAGCCGGAGGCUCACCAGACCCAGAUAGCAUUCCUCAUCCCCUAUGUCCGUCGUCUUGUCGCCACUUCCUUCGACUCCCCAACGGUGUUGAAUGGGUUUUUUGGGGACGAAUGGGAGGCAGGCAUCGGCCCCAUUCACGAAUCCGAGCGUCGGAACUAUUUGUUCGCGGCGAAAUCCGACACUUGGCUUUCGGUCAAGUCCCACUACGACAUGGAGGACGGCCAAUUGAUACCCUUUCUUCGCCCACUCCAGAACGUGACAGUAGAGGAAAUCGAGGCCGCUGAGGCUAACUGGAGCGAGUGGCUCGCCAUGCAGGAUUGGAUGCUUGGGCCCAGAGCCCCGACCGUGGACGCCACCAACCCAGGGUCCUCGGCUCGGGGUGCAAACGCGAGGAGGGGGCGGGCUUGA